UACUCGUUACGUUUUGUCACGUUGCUAUUCUAUCAUUAAUUGAACCGUUUUUAAAUUAGCGGGUCAAGCGGAAGAUAAUCUUAUUCGUUUCUCGUUGCAAUUGUUAGGAAAUUCGAGAAAUUUUUAUUCGCUUCGAACGUUACAAUUACAUUCUGAAAAAUUCUUCACUCGGUAAUAUCGUCGAAUAAACUUCGGACAUGAUUAAAGGAUAAUCGAAAAUGUCGUCGGCAUUUAGACGAACAUUCGUGAAUCGGUAAUAAGCGUUGACAGGGACGUACACGAUUCGAAGAUAUACGAGGAUCGAUCGUCGCGUCGCAAGAUAAUUGGAGCAGCAUGAAUCGCGUCUUUUCCUUGCGACUACUAGGAAUAAAGGUCACGUUCGGCACGCUCACGCCCGCAGCUUCGUCCGCAGCCGGUACAUAGGAAAGAAAACCGUAUUAAUCCCUGAGAACGUGACUCUUUCCCAGCGGUAAUGUUAGACUCGGUGCAACUAAGAGAUCGGUUGCUUCACUCGUUCGCGAGGAUGACGCGGUUCGCCGCCCACGAUUUUUCGAUAGCUGGAACAACUAACAGUCGUUAAGCAGUUUAAUUAGGCGUAGAAAUAUUUUCGAAGAAAAUAUCGAACGUCUUUACGAGAGACACCGAUCAGCGAUCACGAAUAGGUCCACGAAUUAAAGAGAAGAAUUUAAAUUUUUUAGCCAUUAGUCAUCCACGAGACAAUCAACUCCGGCAAGAAAAGAAGCUGCGGUAAAACAAGAGUCGAAAGAAUCACGCAAGACACUUGACGCAAUAAGUCGGUAAUCACGAUGAAUAAUGUCGAUGCGUUGAAACCAUGCAGGCCAAUUAUAUCGUAGGUAGAAGAUCACGCCUGCGACCGGUAACUCGUUAUAAGUCCCCUUUAUCGCCAGAGAAAUCGCAAAUUACGCUAAUUACGCCGCUUUUGCGUUCGCGUAAUCGAUUCCUUUGUUCCGAACGAACGUUUCGUCCACUUCGAUGCGACGCGGCGCGCCACGGCGACCGCCACCAUUCCUCUACCGUCCUGACAUACCCUCCUAUGUCCUAUGAACUUUAUCCGUGUCUUUCUACCACAAAAGAAUUCCAUUCUUACCGAGUUCUUUAACGAACCGACUGUUUCAUCGGUCGAGCAACUUGUGCAGACGUUACGAAUCGCCAAAAGAGAUUGUAACACCCUGUAGAGCUUUCCACGAACGUUUUCACGAGAGAAACUCGUUUCCCAAUUCCAUGUGCAACGAAACGAUCGAACUCGAGUCCACGAACAAAAGGUACUCGACAUCCUUUGCGACUCGAAAAAGUUCCACCAGGCGAAAGAUGCUCUCUCGUUACCGAACUUCCUUCGAAUAAAUCGAACUCGUGACGGGAAUACGAUUUUAUCCAUCAAACGCGAACCAAUUGAAACGGGGUUUCAACGAUUUCUCCUCGAUCGAUCGGACAUCGAGGUUCAUUCUACGUUAUUAGUCGGUAGACGACAACUUGAUUUCUCGCGAAUCGGAAUCAUCUCGAAUAUAGAAUCUAAAGAGAAUUCUAUCUAAACGCGUUAUGUCGCCACUCUUUCCCAACGAUUCGUGUUGAAGGUCAGUUAAGGGAGCCGGUGUCUCGAGGGUAGGUGUGUCGGAUGGUGACCUUCUUGCGCAAUGGCUGAAGCUACACCAUCAACGGAUAUGAUUUGAAGGGAUCACCGGGGGCGCGGUCGUGUUCCUGGAGAAGUAUAUAAAGUCCGAGAGAGUCGUCCGUAGGCACAUUCAGCAAUCGGCGGUCGGCAAGAUGAAGGUCUUCCUGAUAGCAGCCUUAUGCGCGCUCGUCGCAGCAGCACCCCGACAACGUCGCGAGGCCAUUUGGGGCGGUUACCACGGAGGACACUAUGGAGGUCAUCUAGGCUACGGCCACGGUGUGGCCCUUGCUGGUCCAGCUUUGGGUCCGACUAGCGUCGCGGGUCCUCACGUGGGAUCGACGUUGGUGGCUGCGCCGUCGAUCGGACCAGCGAAACUUUCUGGAUCCGUUUCUGGGCCGGUGCAGGUUUCCGGUGCAGUUGCCGGUUCCGCCGUCGUAACGGCUUCCGUUGCUGGUCCUGCUCACGUUCAAGGUUACGACGGACCCUACGGAGGAGGCGUUGCGAUAAACCUUUAAUUUGCAGGAUACGUUGCUCCGGCAUACAGCUACGCAGGAUAUCCAGGAUUCGGUGGACACGCAGGAUACGGUGGAUACGCAGGACACGGUGGAUACGCAGGACACGGUGGACACGGGGUGGUAAUAGCAGGACCAGCGUCCCACGGUGCUGUCCUUUCUGGUCCCCAUUCGGGAAACGCUGCGGUUUCCGGUCCAAAUGCCGGUUCAGUAGUGAUCGCUGGUCCCUCUGGGAAGAUCACUGCCCAUGGAACUGGCUAUGGUGGUAUUCACACUGGUCACGGCCAUUGGUAACGGACCAAAACUGUUAAAAGGAAGAAAGAAACUAUCAACGUCUCUCGAUAACAUUCACGACGAAUUAUUGCGUGAACUAUCAGUGAAAGUAGCGUUAUACGACUACGAAUCUUCGAGAUGACACACGACGGUCCCCUUUUACGAUGCAUUUCAUGACACGACAACGACACUGUUUUUUUCUUUCUUUUUUUCUAUUCACCAUUUAAAUACCUUUUAUAGGUAGUUUGUAACCCAGCCAUCUUAGAUGAUCCUCUAUUUAUAAUACAAUGUAAAUUAUGAUCUCUUACGAUAAUACAAGGACAUGAUUUAAUUACAGACCAU